AUGCUUACAGUCUUUGCUUCAUCUAUCCUCUUAACGAUCUUCUCUAUUCGUUCCAGUUCUAAUGCUCUUAACAUCAACUACUAUAACAAUUCUUGCCCGAAUGUUGAAAGCUUGGUUACUGUCGCAGUUAAGAAGGCGAUAGCAAAUGAUGGAACUGUUCCAGCUGCGCUGCUUCGCAUGCAUUUUCAUGACUGUUUCAUCAGGGGGUGCGAUGGAUCGGUGCUGUUGAAUUCGACGCAGCAGAACAGUGCAGAGAAGGAUGGCCCUCCCAAUAUCUCACUGCACGCAUUCUAUGUGAUCGACCGUGCGAAGAAGGCAGUGGAGAGCUCGUGCCCAGGUGUUGUAUCCUGUGCUGAUAUACUCGCGCUUGCAGCAAGAGAUGCUGUGGCCUUGAUUUGCUUCGCCCAGCGAGGCCUCUCCAUUGCUGACCUCGUUGCGCUCUCUGGAGGCCACACUCUAGGUUUUGCGCAUUGCUCCUCCUUCCAAAACCGGAUCCACAACUUCAACCAAAGCGUCGACGUUGAUCCCUCCCUGAGCUCUUCCUUCGCCGUUGGCCUCAGAAAGAUCUGCCCCGCUCACAACAAGGUGAGGAGCGCCGGCGCCGGCUUGGACUCCACCGCCACCAUCUUCGACAACGCUUACUUCAAGCUUCUUCUUCAAGGGAAGAGCCUCUUCUCCUCCGACCAGGCCUUGCUCACCAACCCAAGAACUAAGCAACUAAUCACUCAAUUUGCGAGCUCUCAGGCGAAAUUUAACGCAGAAUUUGUUAAGUCGAUGGUUAAGAUGGGCAGUCUGAAGGGAGGGAAGGAGGUGAGGCUUGAUUGCAGGUUUGUGAGGUGAGGGAAAAGGGGCUGUUUUGUAAUUUAAAUAUUGUGUAGGGAGGGUUUUGCUUUUUUGGUUUUUGUUUGUGAGGGAGAAAUAAUGGUGAGAUAGCAACAAGUUAA